AUGAGCUCCGUCCUCAGCGACCGACAGAAGGACGAGCUCCACAAGUCGAUGCUCGACUACCUCUCGUCCAACGGAUUCGUCGAGACGCUCGCGGCGCUCAAGCACGAGGCCGGCCAGCCCGACUUUCAGCCCGACGCCAAGGCCAAGUGGAGCGGCCUUCUCGAGAAGAAGUGGACGAGCGUGAUCCGCCUGCAGAAGAAGAUCAUGGACCUCGAGGCGCGCAACUCGCAGCUGCAAGAAGAGCUCUCGUCCGCCCCGUCCAAGCGCCCAUCGGCGUCGUCGCCCGACUGGACCCCUCGAGCGCCCGCACGACACGCCCUGUCCGGCCACCGCUCGCCCAUCACGCGCGUCACGUUCCACCCCCUCUUCAGCGUCAUCGUCAGCGCGAGCGAGGACUCGACGCUCAAGGUGUGGGACUGGGAGACGGGCGAGUUUGAGCGCACGGUCAAAGGCCACACCAAGGCCGUCGCCGACGUCGACUUUGACUCGAAGGGCAACUUUCUCGUCUCGUGCUCGUCCGACCUGACGAUCAAGCUGUGGGACACCAACAACGAGUGGAAGAACGUCCGCACCCUGCACGGCCACGACCACUCGAUCUCGUCGGCGCGCUUCCUGCCCAACGACGACUUUAUCGUGAGCGCAAGUCGGGACCGCACGAUCCGGAUCUGGGAGGUCUCGAGCGGCUUCUGCACCAAGACGUUCUCGGGCCACAGCGACUGGGUGAGGAGCGUGGUGCCGAGCUCGGACGGGCUGCAGCUCAUCAGCUGCUCGGUCGACCAGACUGCUCGAGUGUGGGAGGCAACGCGGGGCGAGACCAAGGCCGAGCUGCGAGGGCACGAGCACGUCGUCGAGGUGGCCGUGUUCGCGCCGACGGCGGCGUACCCGGCGAUUCGAGAGGUGGCCGGCAUCACGGCUCCGAGCGGGCGAUCAGCCGAGGGCAAGGUGGUCGGCGCGUUCGCCGCGACCGGCUCGCGCGACAAGACGAUCAAGCUGUGGGACGCCGUCAGCGGUCAGUGCCUCAAGACACUCGUCGGCCACGAUAACUGGGUCCGAGCGCUCGUCUUUCACCCCUCGGGCAAGUUCCUCCUGUCGGCGUCGGACGACAAGACGAUCCGGACGUGGGACCUCGCGACGGGCCGCUGCCUCAAGGUUCUCGAGGCGCACGAGCACUUUGUGACGACCAUGACGUGGGGGCGAGCACCGGCGCCGGGCGGCCAGGCGAACGGCGCGACGGCCAACGGCGCAGGCGGCAAGGCGCACGAGACGGCUCAGCUCGUCAACGUCGUCGCGACGGGCUCGGUCGACCAGACGAUCAAGCCAUGAAGGCCACCAUCCCUCGCCGUGCUCUCGCAGACGUGCUCAAGCGCCGUCCGGACGAUGUCGUUAUCGUGACCUCGCUCCGUACGCCCAUCGGCAAGUUCCGUGGCGGCCUCAAGGACAUGCACGCCGAGGAGCUCCUGUCGCACGUUCUUCGCGAGACGAGGUUGCGCCUCGAAGAGCAGGGCGUCGACGUCAAGGGCGGCGCCGUCCAGGACAUCCACAACGGCACCGUCCUCAUGGAGCUCGGCGGCGCAAAGAGCGGUCGUCUCGCGUCUCUCGAUGCUGGAUUUCCUGUCGUCUCGGGCUUCAAGUCGGUCAACCGCCAGUGCGCGUCGUCGCUCCAGUCGGUGACCGACAUCGCGCUCCAGAUCAAGGGCGGCCUCAUCGACAUGGGCAUCGCAUCCGGCGCCGAGUCGAUGACUCGCGACUAUGGCACUCGCGCCAUCCCUGCCGGCAUCUCGCCCUACAUCAAGAAGUCGCACUCGCAGGACGCGCAGGACUGCCUCGCCCCGAUGGGCACCACGUCCGAGGCGGUCGCAGAAAAGUACGGCAUCACGCGCGAGGACCAGGACGCGUUCGCGUGCGCGUCGCACGCCAAGGCCAAGGCGGCGCAGGACGCGGGCUACUUUGCGGCCGAGAUCGCGCCGAUCAAGGUGCGCAAGGUGACGCCGGCCGAGGGCGACAAGGCCGAGGUCGUCGAGGAGGUGGUCCUGUCCAAGGACGAGGGCAUCCGGCCCCAGACGACGCUCGAGUCGCUCGCCAAGCUCAAGCCGUGCUUCAAGGAGGGCGGCACGGGCACGGCCGGCAACUCGUCGCAGAUCUCGGACGGCGCGUCGGCCCUCACGCUCGUGCGCCGCGACGUCGCCGACAAGCUCGGGCUCAAGAUCCUCGCCAAGUGGGUCGGCUCGGCGGUCGUCGGCGUGCCCCCGAUCAUCAUGGGCGUCGGUCCGGCGUACGCGCUGCCCAAGCUGUUCGACAACUACGGCAUCACCAAGGACGACGUCGACUUGUUUGAGCUCAACGAGGCGUUCGCGUCCCAGUCGCUCAUGGUCACGCGCGAGCUUGGCCUCGACACGAAGAAGGUCAAC